AUGAAAAUCCUUUCCCUCUCCCUCGGACUUGCCGCCAUCGCCCUCGCCUCAGCCCAACAGGCCGAUCCUAUGGCUGCUCCAGGAGCUCAGACUACCUAUGAAUGGGCAUCGUCCGGAGACCAGAACGAGUUGGUAGCCCAACUCGAGGAACUUUCGUACCAGGUGUCUGAGCAGGCCCUCCGCAUCCAGUUCCUGAGUGGUCCCGACGUGGCCGCACCUAAAUCUGUGGUCGGCGACCAGUUCAGUGUCCAAGGGCCCGUUUGCGAUAAUGUAGCUUCCAUCGCCUCAACAGCAAUCGACAACACCUUAGAGUUGAUUAAGGCUUCCCUUGGGAGUGGUCUUGGCGCUCAAAUCGGCGAUAAAUUGAACAUUAUUCUCAACCUUGUUAAAGACCUCCUCGACGGUAUCACUGGUGGUGGGCCUUUGGCAGCGGUCGCCGCGAUGGUCGCCGCGACCAUCUCUGCCACCAUCAACACUGCGAUCAACUUCGUGAGGGCUCUCAGCUUUGGCCCUCUGAGCGUCAUUCUUACGCCUGUCAUUGACAUCCUUGAGACGGUCAAGAACGCUGUCAGGGCCUUGAUCACCUGCCAGGCUGGCUUUGGCAGCUUGCCGGAAGCACAGAUGUUCGAGCAGCAGUCGUGCUACCUCCUUGCAGACAUUUACCGCGGCACCGUCGCCGAUGCCACCAAGGCCUUUGCCGCCCUCCCUACCGACGUGUCCGAGGACCUCAACCGCUACCUCCAAGGCGCCCUGGCGAUCCUGGAGAACGCCUCCAAGACCUCGGUCGCGGCCACCAACGAGGCUCUUAUGGCGACUCGGCCCAUCUUCUCUGCGGAUGUUCUGGACCAGUACCGUAUGGAGAUUCUCCGAAACAGUGGUGAUAGUGAUGCUGUGAAGAUGUAUGCCGUUGCUGAUUUGGGAGCUGUUGUUGCAUUCUCGAAUGGGUUGGAGGCUUGUCUGCGGAUCGCUGCUGACCCUGCUGCUGCUGUGGAGGAGGCUAACGAGGAGGAGGAGGAUAUGGAUGAGGAUGAUAUGGAUGAGGACUAUGAGGAUGAGGACGAGGUGGGUGGUGAAGCUGAGGCUGCAGAUGCCCAAGCCCAACCUCAGGCUGCAGAUACCAAAGCCCAACCUCAGGCUGCAGAUGCCCAAGCUCAACCUCAGGCUGCGGAUGCCCAAGCCCAACCUCAGGCGGCGGAUGCCCAAGCCCAACCUCAGGCGGCGGAUGCCCAAGCCCAACCUCAGGCUGCUUAG